CAAAAGUUAUGGCACGUGUCACUUUAAACAAUGACGUAUGAAUAAUCAAUGUGAAAUGGGUACCACACGUACUCAUUCAUACCAAUCGGCAAUGCCGCGAGAAUCAAACAAAUAGUAUGAUUACCAAAACACUAGCAAAAGUUAAUAACAAGGAGCUCGACAUGGGGAGAGUAUCUGCGACCAAAUUGGUCGGCUUCGUCGUCCUCAUCCUAUUUUUCUUGGUUGUCGCUACUAACAUUGCCUUGCUUCCUGCUGUCGCUAAUAGGCUUUCUGGCGCCGGCGUUGCUGCCAAAAGCCUUCCUGACGGUGCUGAUUCUGUUCCUGGUGAGAGUUUUCCUUCCGUUGCGGCCACCGCUGAUGAAGCCCUUCUUGCCAAUAGUACUGGUGCAGCGGCUGUUAGUAACAGGACAAUGAAAAAUUGAGGUAACCGAAAUCUGGCUGAGUCGCGGACUAAAUCGCUAUUUUUAAUACAUUUACAUAACUGCCUCUUUGCACACAACAGUUCUAAUCGGCAGUAGCCUCUAGGAUAAAACAACCUUCUCUUCAAACUCUAUGGUUUUGUGCGAAAAACCUAAGCUCCUUGAAUACACAUACUCUCUCUCUCCCUUGUGUUUUUUGCUCGUUUGUCGUGUGUAUAUAGGGUCUUAGGAGACGACUAUUUAAAGAAGCCAGACCCCAUGAAUAUACCCUCUGACUUGGGGAAUAAGUCGCAUUAAUUAGGAAGAUAGUUACUUUCUUAAUUAAAACGCGUCCAGUAGGAUAAUUACUGCCGAAUUAUCCCUCGAAUAUUCCUUCGAGUUCAUUAUCUCGUAUCUGUUAACGAUACAAAAUAAUUAAUCAAUAAAUAAUUAAUCUGGGA